CUCUCCCGGAGGCGCGCCCGAGCCGCCGCGGCCGCCGCCAACAUGGCCGAGACGAGCGAGGAGGUGGCCGUGCUGGUGCAGCGGGUGGUGAAGGACAUCACCAACGCCUUCAGGAGGAAUCCGCACAUAGAUGAAAUUGGCCUGAUCCCAUGUCCUGAAGCUAGGUAUAACCGGAGUCCCAUAGUCCUGGUUGAAAACAAACUUGGUGUGGAGAGCUGGUGUGUCAAGUUCCUCUUACCAUAUGUCCACAACAAGCUCCUUUUGUACAGAACGAGAAAGCAAUGGCUGAACAAAGAUGAACUGAUAGAUGUCACAUGCACCCUGCUGCUUCUAAACCCAGACUUUACCACUGCAUGGAACGUAAGAAAAGAGCUCAUCCUCUCUGGCACUUUACAUCCAGUUAAGGACUUACAUCUGGGAAAACUGGCCUUAACUAAAUUUCCAAAGAGUCCAGAAACAUGGAUUCACAGGCGAUGGGUGCUACAACAGCUAAUUCAGGAAACCUCCUUGCCUGCCUUUGUGACGAAAGGAAACCCAGCAGCAAUUCCUGCGGAGAGGACACAGAGACUGGUCCGAGAAGAGAUGGAGGUCUGUGGUGAAGCGGCGGGGAGAUACCCGAGCAACUACAACGCCUGGUCCCAUCGCAUCUGGGUUCUCCAGCACCUGGCGAAGCUGGACGUCAGGGUAAGGCCGCGCUUCGUCUCCCGAGGCACAGUCCCUGUCUGCCCUUGAAGUCUUCUGAUAGCAGCUCCUCCUCAGAGGAGCUUUGAAGGAGGCAAGUAGAGGAGCUAAUGGCCCAGCGGCCUGGGGAGGAUCUAGCAGCUGAUACCUCCAAGGAAACCCUGGCAAUUUAAAAAAAAGGUUGCAUUCCUCACCAGCGCGGUUUCUGGCAUUCUUCAGGUUAGUACAUUGUAGAACGAAGGCAAGUUUAAGCAGUAAGAAGAUGGAGCAUAAUUCAUUUUGCCCCGGAAUAGGAAGGGAUUCUUAGGCCUUGUAGCAUUGGAGCUGUUCUUUCUUGGUGGGCUCUGGUUAUGUGACUUAAUGUGCUCAAUCAGCUGGCUGCCUUCUCACCGUCCCCUCUCCUGGGGAGGGAAGAGAAGAUCUCACCUGGUAUUCCCAAACUUGUCUUUGUCUAUAAAGGACCUUCGGAUUUCGGAGUCCCACCCCAGGCCUACUAAAUUGGGGAAAGGGUUGGAUUUAAGAAAAACACUUUUCACAGGGCUCAGGGGGUUAUCUGGAGGCAGAGCUGGGUUGGAAGGAAUGGGGUGCCUUCACUUACUAUUCAUCAGGAUGAGAACCAGGUAUCCUUUGGUUCCUUCUUCCUACUAUAGCUUCUCUAUAUUUUUCUUCACUUCUUACGUUUAAGUGCCGUAAGAAUGUAGGGUACUGCUCUGAAAGCAUCUCAGGCUUAAGACAACUUAAAGGGGUCAAAAUACCUUAAGUGGUAUUUUCAGAUUAAUUCGGAAGCACGCUCUCAUUUUGCUCACCAGCCCCUUCCUCCAUCUCCCUUCCCAGGUUCCCUCUCCCCUCUCUGUGUCCUAGCCAGAGAUUCCUCCAGGGUAAAUUAAGAGUUUUCAUUUCUGGGGACUUUUAAGCCAACAGUUCUGAAAGAGUAGCGCUUCCCCUCCAGUUUAUAUUGGCUUUGUGUUUCUGGACGGGAAUCCCCGUGAUGCAGUGGAAAGAGCAAAGACAGAAUCCUCCUGACCUGGCUUCAGAUUUUGGCCUCACUAGCUAUGUGUGGAAAGCUUUCAUGUUUUAUCUGUGAAAUACCAGCUCCACUGUCUGCCUCAGUGGAUUAUUGUGAAGAUUAUUUGAGUUAAUGUGUGUAAAGUACUGGGCACCUAAC